AUGUGCAAAAACAUCAAGGCAAAGUGCCGUGGCGAGGUGGCCAGGUUUUCGCGCGAGGUGGGUAGGAUUGAAAAGAACCUAGAGAUCCGAAAGACACAGAUAGAAUCUCUAUUGUCGUGGUUGAGAGAGGGAAAGUCAUUGUUUGACGGAAUUUACCAAUAUCGUAGCGUGCAGAUUGAUCGCAUCUUUGCGACAGACAGUCACGUACAGGCCCAGAGAAUGGAGAAAAUUGCCAUUCGCACCGAGCAAGAGACGGUGUUGAUGCACACCAUCACCCUCGUCACUCUGAUAUUCCUACCAGGAACGUUUGUCGCCACCUUUUUCCAGAGCGGGUUGAUCGAAUGGAACCCGGAAACGGAGCACGCCAUAGCAACGGAGCGUGUCAUGGCGUUCAACGAAAGAGGGUUUGGGUUAUUUGUGAAAAUCUGCGUCCCUCUCAUGAUAGCCGCCAUGGGGCUGUGGUGGCUCGUCUGGAUCUGUGGAAGGAGAAAAGUCCGCGAGAAAAACGCCGACGAGCUGGUCUAA